AUGAAAAAAUUGAGAAUUGGAGCUGCCAAACCUUAUGAUGGAAUAACUGAUGAAGAAUUAAAGCUUAUUUUAAAUCACAAUGAAAUGUCACCAAAUAAUACUACUGGUCUUCUUCGUCGUGUUUUUUUUUGGAUUUGUCUUCUUGGAUGUCUGCGAGGUGGUGAACAUCAAACUUUAUUAGUAGAACAGUUUGUUGAUACGGAUCAAGGAUUAUUAUUUAAAAAAUUUCAUCAAAAAAAUGAUCAAGGUGAAAUUGAAGGAAAUCAAUAUACCUUUGAGAUUUUAUUUCCAAAUGAUAUUUCAGAUCAAAUAACACCUAAUACAGAUAUAAAAAAAUAUAUUUCGAUAAGACCAAUUAAAUGCAAAGCAAAAGAAUUUUAUUUAUGUGUUUUAAAGAAUGAAUCAG